AUGUUAGCAACUAUUUUUCCAAAUAAAACAUUUUAUUCAGCUGUUGGUAAUCAUGAAACUGCUCCUUGUAAUCUAUAUCCAACACCAAAUAUUCGAACAGAUAAUAUAUCUUGGUUAUAUGAAGCAUUAGCUGAUAGUUGGAUAAAAUUAGGUUUACCAGCUGAUACACGUGAUAGUAUCGAACGUGGAGCUUUUUAUACAACAUUAGUGCGCCCUGGUUUACGAUUAAUUUCACUUAAUAUGAAUUAUUGUACAUCAGAUAACUUUUGGUUGAUUAUUAAUUCAACUGAUCCACUUAACCAACUUCAAUGGUUAAUUCAAUGGUUACAAUAUGCUGAAGAUCAUGAAGAGAAAGUACAUCUCAUUGGACACCAACCUCCUCGUUCUUGUUUUGCAGCAUUCAGUUGGAAUUUCAAUAAAAUUAUUAAUCGAUAUGAAAAUACAAUUGCUGGUCAAUUUUUUGGACAUGCGCAUUCAGAAGAAUUAAUGAUGUUCUAUGAUGAGAUAGACACACAACGACCAGUUUCAAUGGCUUAUGUAGGUCCAUCACUAACAACUUAUUCAUAUUUAAAUCCAGGCUAUCGUGUAUAUACAAUCGAUGGUGAUUAUCAAGGAAGUUCAUUUUGGACACUUGAUUAUCAUACAGUUAUAAUGAAUUUAACUGCAUCGAAUAUGUUUAAUCAAACUGUAUUUCUUAAAGAAUAUGAUGCUCGUGAUGCAUAUCAAAUGGAAAAUUUAUUUCCUAAUGAUUGGAAUGAUCUUAUUCAACGAUUAGAAAAUGAUAUUGAUGGUCCACUAAUGGGUACAGUUUAUCAACAUUAUACAAAAUCAUAUGAAGAUGGAAGUCAAUGUGAUCAUAAUUGUCGUCGAGGACUUAUCUGUGAUUUUAUAACUGCCCGUUCAGAAGAUCCUCAUGCAUGUGACUCAAUUCCACCAUUUAAUUAG